ACAAGAGCGGCGAUCGACACAGAGCACAAAGGCAGAGAGAAAAAACACUGCGCCACGCAGCUCUUGCAUGGUCGAGUGAGUGAGUGACUUAUUAUCUCACCAAAAGUAGACCCAUAUUUAUACCAACAAAUUAAUCCUAAUUUAAAGUGAUUAAGACUAAAUGAAAGAGAGCAGCAGCAGCAGCAGAAAGCAAGGAGCGCCGGCGCCAUGCGCAGCGUGCAAGCUCCUCCGCCGGAGAUGCGCCGAGGAUUGCGUUUUCGCGCCUUAUUUUCCGGCGGACGAGCCCCACAAGUUCGCCAACGUGCAUAAGGUCUUUGGAGCUAGCAAUGUCAACAAGAUGCUUCAGGAGUUGCCUGAGCACCAGAGAGGCGACGCAGUGAGCUCAAUGGUGUACGAAGCGAACGCGAGAGUUAGGGAUCCAGUUUAUGGGUGCGUGGGUGCAAUAUCGUCUCUGCAACAGCAGAUAGACGCGCUACAAACGCAGCUUGCACUUGCGCAAGCGGAGGUGGUCCACAUGCGCAUGCGUCAGUACUCAUCCUCCCCCGACUGCGCGUCUCCAUCCACACGCGGAAGAAGGUCCCACAAUCACCACCCCAAGUCCUCUUACAACAUGGAUGAUUCCUUCUGGAAUUAGUUUUCCUAUCUUAUAUAAUAGUACUACUACUACUAAUAAUAAUAAUUAUUAUUAUUAUCCAUGUCCCUUCUCUUUUAUGUUUGCUUGCCAUGAUUUUUUUUAAAAAAAAAUUCUCUUUUUUGGGUGUUUUAAAAUUAUUAAAUAUAUAUAUAUCUUGCCUGACCGGCCGGGUUGAUGAUGGUCAGAGUCGGAGUUGGAGUUGGAGUUGGAUUUGGAGAGGAUA